GCCGUGCGCGUCGCGCUUCCUCCGCCCCAGCUUCCGCGUCCUCGCCCCGGUAGCCGGACCCCGAGCGGGUACCAGAGUCUUACCCGGUUUCAGAGCUGGAGUCGGAUCGGAGGGGUCGGAGUUAGACCAGGACCCUGGGCUGAAGCGGAGGGCACUGACUCCCUGCGAGAUGGACGGGACAGAAGGCAAUGCUGGGCAACCGGGCCCCGCUGAGCGGUCCCAUCGAAGCAGCGUGUCCUCCGUGGGAGCCCGAGCAGCUGACGUGCUGGUGUACCUGGCGGAUGACACAGUGGUGCCCCUGGCCGUGGAGAACCUGCCCUCACUUAAUGCCCACGAGCUGCACCGGGCUGUCCGUGAGGUCCUACAGCUCCCAGACAUCGCCCUGGAUGUCUUUGCACUCUGGCUUGUCUCCCCUCUGCUGGAGGUGCAGCUGAAGCCCAAGCACCAGCCCUACAAGCUGGGCCGCCAGUGGCCAGAACUGCUGCUGCGUUUUACCGACGCCCCCGAUGACGAUGUGGCCAUGGAUGAGCCUUCCCUGCAGUUCCGAAGGAAUGUGUUUUUCCCAAAGCGGCGGGAGCUCCAGAUCCACGACGAGGAGGUCCUGCGGCUGCUCUAUGAGGAGGCCAAAGGCAACGUGCUGGCCGCACGGUACCCAUGUGACGUGGAGGACUGCGAGGCCCUGGGCGCCCUGGUGUGCCGCGUGCAGCUCGGGCCCUACCAGCCUGGCCAGCCCACUGCCUGUGCCGUGAGGGAGAAGCUGGACUCCUUCCUCCCCGCCCACCUCUGCAAGCGGGGCCACGGGCUCUUUGCUGCCCUCCGGGGCCGCGGGGCCAAGGCGGGGCCGGGGGAGCAGGGCCUGCUGAACGCCUACUGCAAGGUGAAGGAAGCGGCCGGCGGUGACAGCGGGUGCGAGGCCUCCCUCAGCACCCACUACCGUGCCUACCUCCUCAAGAGCCACGAGCUGCCCUUUUACGGGUGUGCCUUCUUCCAUGGUGAGGUUGACAAGCCGGCCCAGGGCUUUUUGCACCGGGGUGGGCGAAAGCCGGUGGUGGUGGCCAUCAGCCUGGAGGGCGUGCAUGUCAUCGACAGCAGGGAGAAGCACGUCCUGCUGGGCCUGCGUUUCCAGGAGCUGUCGUGGGACCACACCUCUCCUGAGGAGGAGGAGUCUGUCCUGUGGCUAGAGUUCGAUGGGGACAACGAGGGCACCCCGGUCAACAGGCUGCUCAAGAUCUACUCCAAGCAGAGUAUGGGAAGGCCAUGUCCUGGGCCAUGGCUCACCGCCCAGGCCUCAGGGUGGCCCCUUUCUACCCCCCAGGCUGAGCUGAUGAGCGGCCUCAUCGAGUACUGCAUCGAGCUGAACCAGACUUCAGAGCUCGCCGCCCCCCAGGAGACUGUGUCCGGCCCGCCCUCGGCCGCCAGCUCCCUGCCAUCUUCUGCUCAGCGCCCGCAGCUGCAGAGGCAGGGCAGCGUGGUGUGCAGCCGCCUCCAGCAUCUCUCCACCAUCGACUACGUGGAGGAAGGUCAGCAGAUCAAGCGGGUGAAACCGAAGCGCACCACGUCCUUCUUCAGCCGGCAGCUGUCCGUGGGCCAGGGGAGCUACACCGUGGUGCAGCCCGCUGACAGCCUGGAGCAGGGCUGAGGGCAGCGGCGCCAGGCGGGGGGUGGCACCCGGAGGCCCCCUGGGGCCUGGCCGAGGGCCCUUCUCCCCGAGGGGCGGGACCAGGCUGCGGCUCUGGCGUCGGGCAAGAGGGCCACCUCGAGCGGGAGGAAGUGGCUUCUGUGCCUGGGAUGGGACGCGGGCUGCGUGGAGCUGGCGGGGGGCUCCUGCAGGGUCUUUUUUGGACUUCCCCUGGACUCGGCCCCACUGCCGUCUCAGGAGCAUCUGAGGAGGCUCUGGCCGCCUCCCCCCAGCCAGGGACUUGUCUUCGUGCCCCUCUCGAGAUGGACAGUGUCCCCUGCUCUGAAGUCCUCAGUGGCGGCUCUGAUGGCAGGUGGCCGAUGAAUAGGGUUCGGGACCGGUAGAUCCAGUGUGUGUCUUUGGUCUCUUCCCUGGACUUUGGUGACCACAUCCCUGCAUUCCUUCUGCCGCGCCCCCCCCCCACCCCCCUGCCCCGCAACCUGCUGCCAGUCUGGGCAUGGCUCUUUGGGCGGGAAGGGGCCCUCGUGCAUUGAACCACAGAAGGAACAGAGAAGGCGAGGCCCCUCACCCAUACCCUCCCUUGCCGAAUGAAACUAGAGGGAGCCAGGCAGGGCCUGGCUCAGGGGUCAUUCUGUGCCCCUCACUCAGGCCCCUUGUGCCAGGACACCCUCUGACCGGAAGGAAAAUGCCUUUUUGCCAGCCUUUGGUGACCACGCUGUGCCGGGAGGUGGCUGUCCUGUGGACCAACACGCCACCAGACCCACACUUCACACUUGGACAGGCUCCCAGCCACCCUGGGCUUCAGGUUUUGGUUUUGCUCCUUUUUCAUCUGCUUUAGUUCUGCGAAGCCUGUGGCCUCUGGGGGCAACUUGAGAGAAUGCUCCCGCCAACCUCAGAGCUACUGGCUUUCCUUCAAGACAGCGCCAUGGUGUCCAUCCGCGUGACCCUUUGGGGUGGCCUGUGCGCGAGGAUGUCCCGUGCGAGCUGGUCUCAUCUUUGCGGGGACAUUGUAGGGAGGCUGGAUGUGGCACUGGGUGUGGCUUUUCCCCUGCCUCACGUUCCUGUCUUCGCCCAGAGGAGCCAGGCUAGCAGAGGGCCUUCCCAGCCCCUCGGCUCCUCCGUGGUGGCUCCAUGGCUCUCACGGCGCUUGCUGGGACUUUCCGCGGGGAAGAGGCAGGCCCAGCAGAGCACUGGGCUCGGCCUUGUUCUCCCCUCCCCUGGAGAGCCUGGGCAGAGGAAACGCGAACUUGGCUCCAGGGGUGGAGCCCACUCACUUCCUCUUCCUUUUGGUGACUUUUGCACACUCCAGAUGUUCUGAGGGGGGCUGGCCUCCGGCAGUAGGGACUUGUGUUGCUUGUUAUAAUAAAAAGGUAUCCGAGCCUUCUGGAAUGUCCCAGCCAGAGAACAUCUUAUCUCCCCUCCUGGAAUCACUGGACCCGAGUGGCUGCCCGGCCUGCCCGGCACGCAGCCAUCUGGUUAUCUCUUCCCACUCGCUGUUUUGACCCAGGUGAAUGUUUAUCUGCUGGUCUGGCUGCGAGGGGCGGGUGUGGACCCAUUACUUGUUUUUACUGUUCGGCCUCUCUGCUGUUCUCUGAGCAUCCCUUGUGACGUGACCUUUUCUGCCUGGCCUUUGGGACAAAGCAGUAUUUCACCAAGUGCCCUUUGAAUAUUCUCAUUCUUUUGUAUCAUGUGACUCAUUAACAAUAAAUGAAUUUCCAGCAAA